AUGCAGCAGCCGCAGCCGCAGGGGCAGCAGCAGCAGCCGGGGCCGGGGCAGCAGCUAGGGGCGCUGGGGCAGGGGCUGGCGCUGGGGCAGGGGCAGGGGGCGGCGCCGGGGGCCGGGGGCGGCCCUGGGGGGGGCCCGGGCCCGGGGCCCUGCCUGAGGCGGGAGCUGAAGCUGCUCGAGUCCAUCUUCCAUCGCGGCCACGAGCGCUUCCGCAUUGCCAGCGCCUGCCUGGACGAGCUGAGCUGCGAGUUCCUGCUGGCCGGGGCCGGGGCCGGGGCCGGGGCCGGGGCGGCGGGGGCGGCGCCCGGGCCGCACCUCCCCCCGCGGGGCUCCGCGCCCGGGGAGCCCGUCCGCAUCCACUGCAACAUCACGGAAUCUUAUCCUGCGGUGCCCCCAAUCUGGUCUGUGGAGUCUGAUGACCCUAACUUGGCUGCCGUUCUGGAGAGACUUGUGGACAUAAAGAAAGGGAAUACUCUGCUGUUGCAGCAUCUGAAGAGGAUCAUCUCUGAUUUGUGCAAACUGUACAACCUCCCUCAGCAUCCAGAUGUUGAGAUGCUGGACCAGCCCCUGCCAGCAGAGCAGUGCACACAAGAAGAUGUUUCUUCAGAAGAUGAAGAUGAAGAGAUGCCUGAGGAUACAGAGGACCUCGAUCACUAUGAAAUGAAAGAAGAAGAGCCAGCUGAGGGGAAAAGGUCCGAGGAUGAUGGCAUUGGGAAGGAGAACUUGGCCAUAUUAGAGAAAAUUAAAAAGAACCAGAGGCAAGAUUACUUAAAUGGCGCAGUGUCUGGCUCGGUGCAGGCCACUGACCGGCUGAUGAAGGAGCUCAGGGAUAUUUACAGAUCACAAAGUUUCAAAGGCGGAAACUAUGCAGUCGAACUAGUAAAUGAUAGCCUGUACGAUUGGAACGUCAAACUCCUCAAGGUUGACCAGGACAGCGCUUUGCACAACGAUCUCCAGAUCCUCAAAGAGAAAGAAGGGGCUGACUUCAUUCUCCUCAACUUUUCUUUUAAAGACAACUUUCCCUUUGACCCGCCAUUUGUCAGGGUUGUCUCUCCAGUCCUCUCAGGAGGGUAUGUCCUGGGUGGAGGUGCCAUUUGCAUGGAACUUCUCACCAAACAGGGCUGGAGCAGUGCCUACUCCAUAGAGUCCGUGAUCAUGCAGAUCAGUGCCACCCUGGUGAAAGGGAAAGCACGAGUACAGUUUGGAGCCAACAAAUCUCAAUACAGUCUGACAAGAGCACAGCAGUCCUACAAGUCCCUGGUGCAGAUCCAUGAAAAAAAUGGCUGGUACACACCCCCCAAAGAAGACGGCUAACCCCGGAGUAUCUUCCUCCUCCCUCCCCAGGCACCACUGGACCAAUUACCUUUGAAUGCUGUAUUUGGAUCUUACGCUGCCUCUGUGGUUCCCUCCCUCACUCUUUUCCUGGACGUGAUAGCUCUGCCUAUUGCAGGACAAUGAUGGCUAUUCUAAACGCUAAGGAAAAAACAAAACAACAAAACACAGAACUGUUUCAGAUACUCAAGACUGACUUACAAACCAACCAACCACCUUGCUGGAACCCUUGCUAGCAGGCAUUCUUAUAAAAGAAACUUUUGAGCCUUCUUAUAUUGCUGGAAACUCAGCUGUGCUCCAGACUAGAGCAGCCUCCUUACCUAUGCUAUGGAUUUUUAAUUUAUUUUCUCUUAUUUCAUGUACACUGCUUUUUUUGGUUACAGUGUAUGAUGGAUGUGUAUGGAAAAAAAAUGUAUCUUUGGGAAAACAAUUACAGUUUGUUAAUUUGAA